UAGAAAUUAAAAAGCAAACACAAUUUAUAAUAUAAAAUAACAAUUUUUUUAUUUGUAAUUCAUAAAAUAUAAUUCCGCACUUCGAGUUAAUAAUGCUAUUUCUCAGAAAAUGUCCAGCGAAUUUAUUGAAACGCAUAAACUGCUACUCCACCGCGAACAUCGAGGUACAAGGUCACGACUAUCAAAAGGAAAGUUUUCCCCCAAAAUAUGUAAAAUUAUUGCCACCCUCGAAAUAUGGAGGCGAAUAUCUGGUUACUUUACUCACUGGCUCCUCAAUCAUCGGUCAGCAGGGAGCAAAUUUCAUCAGACAUCUCUUCGAGGUAGCCAAAGUGCCAGUGGCGUUCGAAAGGAUUUCCAUAGGACCCGAUCAGACCACUUACCCGAAUGAAUACUUGCAGUCAGUGCGACGCAACCGUCACGCGCUUUUUAUCGAUUUACAACACGAUCCCGAUGAGAAGCACAAACAACUACUGCUCAACAUUGACUUGGAUUUAUAUGUGGGCAUCAUACAGGUGAACUCCAUUGAAGGCUACAGAUGCAGGCAUCCAAAUGUGAAUAUUACGGUGAUAAUGCAAAAUAAUGCUGAAAAUUUCUCGAAAUUGGAAUAUGGUCCGGUGCCGGGCAUGGUGGAGACAUUGAAAAUAACGCAGAAGAAGUACAUAGAGCGCUAUUUUAAUUUCGUAUUUCAUUAUGCUAUGGAAAAUCGUCAUCAAAAGGUAACUUUUGGUCAUCAGGCGAGUGAGUUCCCUCUCAGCGAUGGCAUGUACAAUCGGACUGCCUUGAAAAUGUAUGAACAACUCAAGCCACAAUUCGAAUUCGAGUUAAUGCCCAUACAUGAUCUGGUGCGUAAUAUAGUGAUGAAACCCCGCUGCUUCGAUGUAAUUUGCACCUCCGAUCGGUAUGGCACCUUUGUUGCCUCCAUUGCUAGUGCAGUUUGCGGUGGUGCAAGUCUGUUUAGCUCGACUGAACGUGGCGAUCAUCACGCCGUCUUUAAGCCAUUGCAGACACGACUAUCCAUCACCGAUUCGCUGAUACUCAGUCCUUAUGGAAUUGUGCGCUCUAGCAUCGAUUUGUUGAGGUACUUGGGCGAAACGGAUUGUGCUAAUGGUCUCUAUGAGGAAUUAAUGAACACAAUGACUUGUCGGGAUAUCAAAACAAAAGAGUUUGGUGGUACUGAUACCGGAGAGUAUGUCAUUUGUGAUAUUGUAAAUCGGUUGAAAUGUAAAACCUAUUGAUAUGUCGAGUUGCUUGCGUUUUUUGUGGCAUUCCUUACACGCCUUUGAAAUUUGUUGUUGUUUUUUGAAAAUUAGUACAAUAAAGUACC